AUGAAUCAAGAAAAAUUCAUCAUGCAACAAGUAAAAUUUCGUGUUAACGCAAAGCCGAAAAUUUCAAAAUUAAUCUUAAACGAUACUCAAAAAGAAGAAUUAACAAAUCUUUUUAACUUUCAACCUAAUCCAUCGGAUCUUAGUAAAGAAAUAUUUACUACUAAAAUAUGGACAGAAAGUGAAGAAGACCAAAAGGAUGCUAAAGAAUAUUUGAGUUUUCAAGGACUUUGGCCUCCUUAUGUUAGUAAUCCAACUUCAAGAUGGAAGACUCGUUGGAGCGAUAAAAAGAAUGGUGCAACUUUAUAUCAAUGUUCUUGUGGAUCUGAUAUGGAAUCUGCAAGAAAAACUGAUGUAGAAAAACAAAGAAAACUUCGACAAAUGUAUGAUUUUGUUGGAUGUUUAGCUUUUAUUAGAGUAGAAAAAAAUGUUAAUAAUGGCAAAUAUCGACGAGUUCAUGGAUACAUGGAACAUACUGAAGCUUGCCAUAGAGCAUUACCAAAAAAAGAUACACCGACUCUAAGGGUUAAUUGUGAGAUUAAGGACAUGACAGAACUUUUGGUUAGGGCAAAUACAUCUAUAAAAGAUAUUAUAUCUUGGAAUCAACAUUUUAUAAGAAAAAAAUUAUCAGGAAGAACAACAUUAAAAGAUCAACAUUUUCUAGUUACAGUUUAUGAUGUUAAGGAUGCAAGACAUUGGGUUAAAGCUCAACAAAAACAGUGGCCCAUAAAUAUGAAUCGAUCUGUUGAUUUUAAUCUAGAAUGUUAUUUUGGAAAGGGCGCUCAAGAUCCAGAUUUAUCUAAUUCAGUGGUUUAUUUUGAAAAACGGAAACAUCGUCAUGAUCACAUUUAUUUAGUGCUAGCAACUGAAGAACAACUUCAGAAUAAUCAUAAAUAUACAAUUCUUAAGAAACUAUUAAUUGAAUAUAAAAAACGAUUGAAUAACUUUAAUGGAAACUUUCAAGAAUUUACUCCAAGGAUUGCUAUUAUUGGAGAUUUUAGGGAACGCAUUGAACGUAUUGUGGUUUCUGAAAUUUGGAACGGAAUUGACAUGUUAUACUCACCUCAUAAGGUGCGGCUAUGUUGGGAAACAAAAGCAGAUGAAUUUUUAUUUAUGGGAGGUAGUAAUGAAGCUAUUGAAUGUCGCCAAGUCCUCAGAAAUGAGUUGACAAAUUUAUUUAAUGAGUGA